UCUGGGGUAGUCUGAUGUUAAGGAGAAUCGGGGGGCGGGGGGGGGGUAAUUGAAGACCCUUGGCGCAUGCGUACGACGUCCUCACUGUCUGUUUUGACUGCGCGCGCAUCCUGCGAGCAUAGAUCGAGCGGAGCGACGACGGGACCCGAAGCUGAGUGCUAGGCUCAGGAGAGCAGGAGUAGUAUGAGUGGGUAGCCCUUUGCUGCAGCUGCAGUGCCAACUCUAUAGGAAAAGCACACUAUUCUGAAGCGCUGUCUGCCUGACUGGCAAGGUAGCUAACUGGUUCAGGUGCUCGACACCGCGCACAGUCAGUCCACUAGCGUCGCGCUGUCGGUAACUGAAGAUUGAGACGUUAAGACAGGCGAAGCUAUGAUGAGCUACGAAGUCCUUGUUUAGACGAUCUUAAGCUGACGAGUUAUAUAAAUCAUCACCAGCGGCGCCGCACGGAGUUCGCCGCGACCGCCAGGUCGGUUUGACCAUUAGCCGAUUGUCCUGGGGUACUGUGACUGUGUGGAUAUUGAGCAAACAAGGAUAUUAUAAGAUAACUGACGUAGUUACAUGAACAGCGACAGCUGAACUCGAGAUGUGCUUCCUACCGUCGUUUUCUUACCUUUAUUCGUUGGCUUUGUCCUAUUUGAAUCUUUGCGGCACCGCCGUCAUGUUGUCGAUUCUUAUUGCUUAGUGGCGGCUGUGUGAGAAACGUGAAGUCGUUAGCCAGAAGAGUAAGAAAAACUGUGUGGAAUAUUCGGCGCGGGGAAGCAAAAUUCGCAGACUCAGAAUCGUAGAUUACGUGGCGGGUAUUACCUACGCCACAACAUUAGAAAUACACAGAAAAGAGGUCCACCAUCCGUUUCUAUAUUGGUUUUUCGAAAUCGUGGAAUUCUGUCGACAAAAAAAGAAACUUGUGAAGAAUGAUCACUAUUGUCACUAUUGUCGUAAAGGAAAACGCAUUGAACGACUUAUAAACUUGUAAGAUCAAAAUUAUGAAUGUGCCCUAGAAUCACUGAUGAAACGGUUGUUAGAUCCGACGGUUGUGUGAACGGUGCCCUAAAGCCUUGCUAGUUUGCGUAGUUGAAUUAACCACUCAAUUGGAUCGUGUAAGAAAAAACACUCAAAAAUUGUCUUACCAAUGUAUCCUGAGGAAAAAUGGGGCUUUAUGCCUAUGGCGAGUCGCACGAUUCUGGCACGAUAAUAAUACGGAACCUCAGCGGUUUGCAACGGUAUAAAACUGGACGCGCGUGGCUACGGGUUUUGUCUUCGUGAAGCACCACUGAGCAGUUUUUCUUUCUACCUGUCUAAAUUUGACUCAGGUUUUACUACUCGCAGACAACGUGCGAGUGAGUCCAGGUUUGUCUCCACUGUUCGCUUCAGAUGGUUUGAGUUCUUCUGUCCUAGAAAACUUUUUUAAUGUUCUUCAAGUUGUCAUGAGUGAAUCGGUGGCCAGACCGGAUACAAUAAGUUCUGACGAGCGGGCUAGAAUUUCCUCCUAGUUUAAAAAAGCUACUGAGAGAUAUUCCCUCAGCGUAUUCAGCCAUAUACGGCUUCGCUGCACUCGGAAAUUUAUACUUGAAUUAGCUUGUUGUUCUAUCACAUUUCGGUGUCGCUGCGAACAUUUCGAAUGUAUAUUUGUUGCGCAUAUGUACGUAAAAACAGGACCUAAGACGGUCACUAAACGAAACAGGGUGCCACGCUUCAGAGCCAUGGAUUUGCCAAUUGAUUCUGGAAAGCGUGCGUAUGUGUCUAAAAGCUAGCGAGAGCUACUCGAUCACGGGGUCACCGAUCGACCAGGUAAACAUCACUAGGAGAAGCAUACAACAACGGAACGCCGAGUCGGCAAGCAGCCUAAAUUAGCCGUUCGCCGCUUACGCUGUCGUCAACUGAACACCAGCAGCGGCAGCAGUUUCGACACGAAGGGAUUGAGGACGUAAUUCCGUGUCACCCAGCAAAUACUGUGAAGUUACAUACUCGUUGGAUCACGACAUCAGUGAAUUAGUCAGAUGACCUAUACAACGGUCGCUGAAGGCAGGUAAUACAGUUAUUGAUUUCGUCACUGGUGCCGAAUAGUGAACAGUGAAAUUAGGCGCUGCAAGACGUCAACGUUAAAGCAAGGAUCUCUUCAGACGCGGAACAGGAUUUGCUUCGUGACGCUUGACAAUCUCUUAACAGAAACAAAAGCGCGCGUUAGAUUUAAUCACGGUACCGGCUGACCCGCGCUGGUGCUGCCGCUGUAGCCGUGGUGAGGAUUUACGAGGUUACGCUUAACACUGCUGGUGCGGGCAGAUGAGCGUGAAGCUGAAGUCGAGCCAUCAGUGGAACUGGUUAGUGAUUUGCAUUAUACAAGUGGAUUAUUAGAUACGCAGUGCGAAGACAGCCUACCACCAUCUACAUGCUAUAACUACAACAACUAAUCGUGUAGCGGUGAUUUUACACAAAUAAGUGGUGAAUGAAAGCCAGUGACCGCAAUAGCAAUUAGCGGAUGAUUAGAGCAGCUUGAAGUGUUACAUGUGUGCGUGUGGGCGUGUGUGCGGGGUGCCGAGAGAUAGCACUUUUGGAUUAUCAGUGACUGACUCCUAUAGGUGGCUUGUUUACGAUUGACUAGGAGACCAAUUACUGCGCAUAUAACUUGUAGAUAAACAUAUUAUAUAUAUAAAAUUAGGAACUUGUUUCGUAGGUGCGAAUGUGUGAAGGCCGCGAGAGCUGUUGACGCUAAGGAGUAGUGCCGAGGCGUCAACGAGGAUAGACACUCACAAAAAUGCCCAGCAUGCGGCGGCGUCCUCACCGCUGGGCUCCCUGGGCAUUAGCAUUGGUUUUGUCCUCGGCACUAGAGAUCACCCUCAGUGAAGAAUCAACGCUGUCAGAGAGCAGCAUAAUUAGCGAGAAAUCACCACCGGGAGACGUUCCAACGUCUACAUCAAAGUCGUCACAGUUCAGCGGGAAGUGGUACGCAGGACCAAAUGCUUCGCUGGCGUUCGAAUUUCGCUCGUUGCAUGCCAAUGGCCUCUUGUUGUACGCCGACGACGCAAUUGGGCACGGUUUUUUCGUUGAGGCGAAGCUCGUUGAUGGAAGAGUGACGCUUCGGUAUAGAUUGCCGACAGGCAGCAGCACCGGGAGUGGCGACCGCAGCUUAACGAGCCAGCAGAAGCGGGGAAGUCAACAAGGAAUCACCUCAUCGGCAACAAUAGCCAGCCGAAUCACGUUCGGACGAAACGUUUCUGACGGCUUGUGGCAUCGACUUGAGAUGUUCCGCUCAGGUACAGAAUUUACACAUUGGCGAUUAGAUGAAGAACUGCGAUCUGAUGUCAGCACAGCAUCCUACAUAGUAUCGAGUUCAACUCCGGACGCCGAUGAAGCAGACGAUUCCAUGAUGUCAGCCGACCUGUUCAUGUAUUUCGGCGGUCUGUCCCACCCAUCAAUAAACACAUUUGCUCGUAAAAGCAGCAAUGAGAAACCGUUGACAGCUAGAGACCUCCGAUUAAAUUCGUGGUCCGUUCCGACUGCGUUUUUCGAGCGACCGUUCAUAGGCGAACUGCGCAAUAUCAUCCUAUCCGGGCCGCCUGAAGGACCGGCCUUGACCGAACUGCGACCGAGCCACGUGCGAGCGUCGGCCGCACUUGAACCAUCGUCAACGUCACAGAACCAGGACGAUACAGGAUUUCAUAGUAACGCCGGAGGCGCGCCAGCUAUCUGUGAACGGAACACGUGCGGUCGGGGUUCAAAAUGUAUAGACACACCAGACGGGCCGAUAUGUCCCGAUGGAAAGAAUGUCCAAGACUGCAAAGAUAACCUACAUAAUGAUCGAUUUUGCAAUGACAGUUACAAACCAGAGAAGGACAGCCCACCGUCGUCAUCGGCUGCAGCCGCUGGAGAAAACGUCAUUCAGCUGAACGGGGCCGCAUCUUUCCUUCGUUUCAAUCAACGCGAGCCGAUCAUCUCCUCAACGGAAAACAUAUCAUUACAAUUUCGAACUACAAUGGCAGCCGCGUCCGGCACCGUUUUGAACGAUGACCCAUCAAACAGUAGCACAGGCAAUGAUGAAGUAACACUUCUGUACCUCGGACACGAGUCGCAAUCGGUCGAGCUUCGAUUGGUCGCCGGCGUCCGAUUUGAAGUCACGAUCACUUUCCCUCAAUGGAAGAGUCACAGCCACAACGGGGCUCUACGUCAACUGGACGCCGGUGGAGGGCCAGAUGCCAACGUUGCGGGCAAAACAGCCGUUGCGCAUGCCACUGUUUUGUCUAUCAGCUCGCACUCCAUACAGAAAGGCAAACGCUUCGAUGAUGGACGAUGGCACCGAGUCGUACUCACAAGAAGGCUUGAUCAGAUCAGCUUGAAUGUCGAUGGGAAAGAGGCGACUCGAACCAUUUCUGUCGGAGAGGGCCCGGAACACUUUUACACGUCGACGAUCCUUGUCGGAGCUUCUGGAAACACCAGUCCGCCGGAAGCUGGAAUUAGCAGCGGGCCGCCAUACUUUUUUGGCUGCCUCAAAGAAGUAGAACUGGUUUCGUCAGGACUGCAUCUCGACCUGAUUCGCAUCGCCAAGACCAACCUUGGAUUCAUAACAGCUAGCGGCGAAAUCGAAUAUCGCUGUUCAGGGAGUAGCGCAAACAACUCGGCCACAGCAGGAUCGAAGGGUAGUCCCUCCGGAACGGAUUCGGCUAAUCCGCUCGGAGCUACCGGGGCUAUGGCGAAAAAGAACCAUAAGGAUCAGGCGAUCUCGUUUCUCACACCGGAGUCAUUUAUUAUUGUGCUCAAUUGGACGCCUUCUGGUGAAGCUUAUUCAAACAGUGGUUAUAACAAGCGAAAGCCCGUUCUCGGUGGAUGGGUCGGCGGUAAAGGAAGAUCUGAAAUUUCGUUUCAGUUUCGUACCACAGAGGAUUCCGGUGUCCUUCUAUAUUCCUCUCCGGCAACGAUGUCACACAAUGAACGAGCCUUCUUCUUUGUGAUUGAGCUUCGCCAGGGGCAUCUGGAAUUGCGUAUCGGAGUCGGCGGCUUUCGACGCCGAGCCAGCGUAUUUCUGCCGGGCGGAGGGCGAACCAGCGAUGGCCAGUGGCAUAAACUUACCCUCUCAAUGGAUCGUACAGGAUACGUGAUAUUCCGCGCGGAUCACGACGCACAGGGAAAUAGAGGUCCGGGCGCAUCCAACGCCGAAACAAACGGAGCGAUUCGAGAGUUCAGAGUUCAUGGUUCGCCGGGGAGUCUGUACGAAACUGGCGGACCGCUGUUCGUCGGCGGAAUCAGCGAUCUUGGCAAGAACAGCUAUCCGUCUGGGCUGUGGUCAGAACCAGACUUACACAGGGGUUUUGCUGGCUGUCUCCGAGAUCUCUCGGUUGGUGGCGUUAAGCUUGACCUCAGGACAAAUCUGGCCGUAGCCGGAGUUCAAAGUGGUUGUAGUCGUGCCGGCGCACCCAAAUGUCCAGCGAGCCCGUGCUUUCACGGCGCUGUCUGUAAUGAAGGUUGGAAUCGGCCGAUCUGUGACUGCUCACGGACACAUUUUGCAGGACCCACUUGCGAAACUCCUGCGUUGAGCUUGCACUUCACUGGAUCGGAACACAUAACGGCGACCUUACCCGAACAUCAGGCAAGUUUCGGCGAGGAAAUCGUAUUUCGCUUUCGUACGGAGAUGUCCAGUUGCACCGUGUUUGCCUCACAGCCCGGAGGCCUUCUGCAAGGCUCCCUCCAGGAUGGAAAAUUCCGUCUCGCCUACCGUUUCUCAGCAGCUUCCCUCAGUCAAAGAAACGGUUCACAGGUUGUCACGGUAACAGGCUACGGUUUGGACGAUAGUACAUGGCAUUAUGUUCGGAUCUUGCGAACAGCGUCUAAUGUAGCUGUUAUGGUUGAUCAGGAGUCAACAUUUGCAGAAACUCCAUCUAAUGUUCGGAUUCGUAUGGGUUCACUUCGAUUCGGUCACCAGCUCCUUCGGUUCGAGGGGGGCACAAAUGGAGGCGGUGCCGACACCAUUGCGACCCAUUCCUUCGUCGGUGAAAUUCAACAUCUUAGAGUCAAUGGAGUACCCUUGUCAGAGUCGUUAAGACCCGGAGAGAUUUCUGGUUUUUCCAUUGAAUCUAACAUUCUUCCGCCUGGACUUAUUCAAGCUAGUGGGUCGCUGCUCCUUUCAAGUGAGCACUUCUCGACCUUUUCGGCGCCCACGGGCUUCGUAGCACUGAGUGCGUCGCCUUUUCGCGGACUUGAGAUCACUCUCCGGAUUCAGCCGACGGUUGACAGCGGUCUCGUGCUUCAUUGGCCUGGCGCUAACGGAAGCGGGCUCACCCUCGAACUCGAGGACGCUCGACUCAAGAUGAUCGUUACCCAGCCUUCAGCGACGUAUGGCGCCGCAGCAGCGACGUUGGCUGUUUCAACAGGACGCCAUCAGCGUGGAGAGAUGCCAAAUAACAAUGGAAGCAGUUUUGAGAGCCAAAGCGACCGUCAGGAUUCAUCGAAAAGUCUUAGGCAUCAACACAGGUCAACAUCGUCAUUUUCCUCGUCGUCCUAUCAAUCAUCUGCUUAUGCUCUCCGUGACAGUGGAAGCGUCAGCCAUCGAAGUGACGUCGUUCAUGACCGCUUGCUGUUGAGCGAUAAUGCUAUGCACUCAGUUCGAGUACACUCUACGACCGGCUUUCUACGACUUCGUGUUGAUGACCAGGAGGCUGGAGCAGUGGAGACCCUUGACGCUAGUCUUUUACAAGGUUUGGUGUACAUUGGCGGUGUACGAGAGUACAGCAUACUCCCUGCCCCUGUUUCAUCGCAAUCUGGCUUCGCAGGCUGCAUCGGCGUUGAGGACGUUAAUGGUCAAAGCAUCAAGUUGGCAGAAGAAGCUGUUAUCCCUAGUGAUGUCGUGUCGCAAGGUUGCCGAGGAAAAGCAAGCGGUUGUUCAUCGAAACCUUGUGCCCACGGGGGAGUCUGUCACGAGAAGGACUCCAGCAGUCCGAACGCAGACAAACAGCAAACUGACCCAGCUGCUUCCAGUGGGCAUUCGUUCAGCUGUGAUUGCUCAUUCACGUCGUUCCGAGGAGCAACGUGCACCCAAGAAAGCGCAUCAUAUGAAUUUCAUAGCGGUGGUUUGCUGCUUACGUCAUCCGCUCUCCGUCGUCCCCGGGCCGGGGAUGCACUCGCUUUAGGUUUAGUCGCCGAAGUUGACAAUGCUGUACUCAUUCGAGUUGAAUUCCUCGCUACGAGCGAUUAUAUCCAAAUCGAAAUUAUUGACGGCGUCUUGUUUGCCAUUUAUAACGUGGCUGGUGAGGAUUAUGCACUGAAUGUGCCGGGUGUCUAUGUGCAUGAUAGACAGUAUCACAUAGUGAGAUUCACGCACCGAGCGCGGGCCUCUACACUUCAACUGGACCAGUUGCCCGUACAGACUCGAAAACAUAAGCAGCUUCAACAGCUAGCUGAUGAUGAUCAUGGCGCAGCCGAUGAAACCGUCGGAGGUGGGAUUUCAGCGGAUGUUAAGAUUCAGCUCGGGGGCGUGUUAUCUGGUUCUGCGUCAGCAGCAGUAUCUAAAGGGUUCAGAGGUGUUUUGUCCGGAGUGGUACUUAACGGAGUUCGCCUCCUAGAGCUCAGCGCUGAAAGGGGCGAUAUCGUUGUUCAAGGUGAUGCCACUCGCCUUCAGUCCCUUGCUCAAAGCAAGUACAGCCCGGCACAUAACUACCCAGCAGAUCAACCUUUCAUGUUGAACGAUGCGAAACCUCCAGUAGAAGUUUACGAACGCGAUGACCUCGUUUACUCAGAAGGGUCGGGAUGUUAUGAAAGCGACGAUGACGACGCCGAUUGUAACAAUAACGCGGCUGAUGACAAUAGUAACUCAGCUGGCGGGGGCGAUGAACUCGUAACGGCCGUUUACAUCCCUUCGCAACGGCGUAGUUCGGCGCCACAUUACAACGGAAAUUCCGUUGGUUUUUCGGCCGGUAGCGGCGGCACGACAUCACGACCCUCACAAAAGAAAGCCAUCUAUUCAUGUCAUGACGACGAGGACUGUGUCGAAGAAGGUUCAGGCAACGGAAUCGAUGCCACUCGAUCGAGAUCGCAAUCGAGCGGUAUUAUUGUAACGCCCCGAGCUCCUUACGAAUCUCCGAACAGCGGAGAUCACUCGCAAAUAACCACGACUACGGCCAGAACGACAACGUCGAUAUAUUCGACGACGUCCACAACUCCAUCUCCAUCAACUACAACUACCACUCAUGAAUGGAUCAUCGUUAAAACAUUCUCGACACGGCCACCAUUCAAGCCACGAACAACUUCAACGGGCAUCCCGGAGGUGUUUUCCGUACCCAUUCCUGAAGUUCACACACCGACGCAGAUCAACAAAGACAAAAGCAAAACGAAGCCUGCACGUGUUGACACAGCAGUGGCAGCCGACGGAACGGCACUCGUCAUAGGCAUCGUAGCGGGAAUACUUGUCAGUCUCGUCAUACUCGCAUUGCUUCUCUACCGGUUUCGCACUGGCAGACCUGGUGGUGCCUGCAAGCCAAACAGCUUAUACUAUAAUCCAUGUGUCGGUGAAACUGGAGCCACAGGCCCUGGUGCAGGUCCCGGAAUGGGAGCGCCCAUCGGUCCUGGAGGUUUAGGUGCCGGCGGACCUGGAGGCGGUGGUGGUGCGUGCAUUCCGUACGGGGUGGCUUCAGGCGGAGGCAUCGCCGGCGGAGCGCCAGCCUAUUCAACGUUGCACAAAGGUAUGGCCGUGGCCGGCAAUAAGAAGUCGGAACAAGUCAAAGAUCCCCAGGAGUGGUACGUAUGAGGGAUGUUCAGCACGCAGUUAUGGCUCGUAAGAACUAUGAGACGAACGAUAAUAUUGAAAAUGCUAACAAUGACAAGACGAAUACUGUGAAGAUGCGCAAGAAUUACAAUAGCAAAUGGCUCGUAAUAGGAAGAAGCUCGGGCGUGGUCCCACACAGAUCGCGCUGCUCGCAAGCGCAAAAAUACUGAUUAUUACCAAUUUAAUCAUAUUAUACUGCUGCUGUAUUGUUAGCAAUAAGUCGAUAGAUGUCCGAGGGCUAGAAACGAAGAAAUAAAUAUAUGAGCGAAAGAUCUGAGUAAAUUAAGAACCGAUGCUACAGGGCGAAAGCAUUAGCAUGAUCGCCUAGGUAACAAUAAUAGGCGAGAUACAAUUUAGAAAAUAUAUCUGACAUGAACCAUACAUAAGAAGAAUAGUAAACGAACGACAAACAUACUGAUGGACCGGUUGACAACUGUCUGAUCAGCUGACGAAUGUUUCUCUCCAAGAUAACCUCGGCCAGACAAGAACAGAUAAAUGUCCAUCAGAGCAGCGACACUUCUAAAGCCGCAAACCUCCGAUGAAACCUCAAUAAUACAUACAAGAUAGCCAGAACGCAGCGGAGAAGCUAGCCAGCUGUUAUUAGUAUUACACAGACAGAAAUAAUGCAAUCGACGGUAACACGCCUGACGACUAGAUAUGUCGUGUCAAGUAAUACGAUAGUACUGAUUACGAUACGCAAAAAUGGGUAAGCGCAAGUGCAACGCAAGUCCCAUCUAUCAUGAUAAUCGUACGCGCAGUUUUGGCACUCAUGCAUUAACUUAAACAGUUAACAAGAGACCAAUAUGCAUUCUCGAUUGUCACUUGAUGCCAGCCAUGUACCGAAACUGGAGAAAAAAAAUUAUUAACAAGGAAGUCUGUCUUCCAGCUUUCGAGACGUCUUGGGUCGUCCACAAUACGGAGACUAUGUAUGCCAAUUUCCGGUAUACUAUACCAUGAGGAACAGUGGAUUUCUAAGCAAACUUUUUGAGUUUCGAUAAACACCCUCUUAACCCACACCUCAUAGGUUCGGACCUGUUGGCUCCAGAUGGAAGAGCAGGACACAAACGAUCGCUCGAAAAAUGAAAAUAGACUUAAUGGUAGUAAAAAAAAUAUGGUGAUAAAGACGAUAUGAAAAAAUAGGAACAAUAACAAAUAUAUAUAUAUAAAGAAGCAGAUUAUGUCGCAGUGCUGAAAAAUAACUAGAUAUUGAUAGAACUAUGAAUAUUGCCAUGUGUGAAUGGAACAGGAUCAGAAUGGGUGGAAACGGACCGGAUGUGGUCGAAUAACGAGAGCGCACGGAAGCGGAUGACAAGAUCAGUUUGCUGUUUACCGUUUUGUAUCACUUUUAAACUACGUACAGCCGCAACAAUAAGUGACAGUUUAUAAUGCUGCUGCUGCUGAUGAUGAUGAUGUAAUAGCUAUUCCUAUUAGCGUCACUGCUAACAUUGCACAAUACCUUCUGCGCGAUGUCAUCAUCAUCUACACCCUACCUACACUCAACUGCUGUCAAGAAACUUUCAUAUUUACC